AUGGAUGAACUUACGAUCAGUUAUGGGCUGCUGGCGCCUCAGGCUAGAGCCUCACAGGAUUUGCAUAUAUUGCCUAUUACCAAGAUACUGUAUCCUGAGGGACAAGAUGGUUAUUUUCUGACUUGUAGUCGGGAUGGAUCAGUUAUCAAGCAUAGAUUUGAUGCUUCAGGCGCUACUACUAGAAGGAACAGAAUGCAGGCACAUAGUGACUGGGUUACUGAUAUCAUACAGGUGAGUCGUAACAAAUUUAUUACGGUAAGCCACGACUUUUCGAUUGUGCUACUCACAUUGCAUGACGGUUCGGAUACUUGGGAAACCAAGAUAAUAGGAGAUCAUGAAGAUUACAUAAAAUGUGUGGUACAUGUACCCUCUGAUGAUGAUGACUUUCUCUUUGCCACUGGUGGUCUCGAUAAGAAGACUAAAGUUUGGAGAUUAGAGAAUGACGAGGCCACACUGACUCACGAAUUCCUCAAUGUUACCAAAAGUGAUGACACUGGUUCAAUCUAUGCGAUGGCUGCAAUGCCGCCAAGUUCUGAAAGAGAUUUUGAUCUUGUCGCUGGCGAUUGUAACGGUGACUUAAUAUUUUACUCUGUUAAGAGUCGCCGUGAGGUUCAGAGAAUCAGCAGAGCUCAUGAGUCAAACAUCAAAGUGGUAAAAAUUGUGAAUAAUUCAACGAGACUCAUCAGUUCCUGUUCCGACGGUCUGAUACAUGUAUGGAACUUGACCCCUGGGUAUGGGGAAGUGAAGAACACUUCCCAUUGCAAGUUGAGUGGAUCAAUAUGGGGUAUUUACGGUAAUUAUCUGAGUAUGCUAUUCGUGGCUGACUCAAAAGGUAACAUUAACAAAGUUGAUCUCUCGACCGCUGGAAAUCCUAUUGUCUCUCCCGUUUACAGCUCGGAAAACUCCUUGGAAGAUAGCAGUCAAGAUGUCAGGAUCAGACAUGGGGGAAUUCUAGAUCUGAUGUCUUUGUCGGACGACGUAAUUGUGUUCUCAAAAUCAACAGACUCGAAUCUGUAUCGACUAAACAUUCGCACGAGUGAGUUAGCGAUAAGUAGAGGUGGAUUUGCAUUAACUAAGAGCUCGCUUUUGACAAACAGGCGUCAUGUCAUUACAGAAAAUACCAAGGGAGAGAUACAAAGAUGGGAUAUAGUAAUUUGCGAACUUUUGGACACGUUUGAUGUCUCACAGGGAAAUUUUGACGAAGUGGUAGCGAAGUACACUUCUAAAGAAAUUUUGUCUCAUUGGUGCAGUGUGUCGGUUAAAGUUGGGAUGCUAUUCAUCAAGCUCAACCCCCGCAUACUAAAUACCGAAAUUUACGGUACUGCACUGAAAGACUACAAAGUCUUGAACGAUGUGGAAGUGAAUACGGAUGAACGUUAUAAUCUGGGCAAAAUUGUGGUCAAUUCGCUCUUUAACGAAUUUGUAUCAUAUGAGAUGCAACAAGACAAGGCUUUCAGAAAGCAAUUGACUGCAAGAAGGAAGGAUGUAAGCAAAGAAUCCACGGCCUCUCCCCAAGAGCUGACUCUCAAUUUCGGCGAACCUAAAGGUAAAGAUAAGAGGAGAAAAUCUGCUUUUUACCGAUUUAGCUCGACGACUCCAAACCUCGAUGCCAGCACUACUUCUAUGUCGGCGCCCAAUACACCAUUUUACGCAAGUGAGGUUCCGGCCCUACCAAAGGAUGAGCAACCUUUAUUGCCGCCGUCAGCGUUGUCAGCUGGAGAGAAGCCAACCGCUGAUGGAGCAGAUUUUGCAAAUACCCUGCCACUGAAAGGAAGCGAGGGGCGUACUUUGAGCUCUGGAUCCUUGAUAAGUAGAAAGUUGAAGCUACUCAGGUCACACUCACGUACUGGUACGGGUACCAGUACGCCACUCGAGCCCCACGCAAUUGUAAGCUCAGACGUGGAAGACUCGGCCGCCGAGGAAGAAAAUUACGCAGAGCGUGUCGAAUGGAAUCAAGCCUUCAACGGCGAUAACUUUGCACCGCAGCAGAUGGCCGAUCUUUUAUAUGCCAAGCUCAAACCAAUAGCUUCAAGCGAUGAGGCUCCAGGCAGCAUGAAUUCAGAAAAAAAAUCUACUUCAGCUCCAACAUCAGCUCCUAACUCUAUGGCUGACUUUAUCAAAGCAUUACGUGAAGGCUACAAGCAAGCAUACAACGCUAACUCAUCAUCACUGAAAUUACUAACGAGAAGGCUGCCUGAAACAAAGAUCGUCAGAGAUCCCUCAUCGCCAAUCAUUCGCAUAAAAACCGGCGUUUUACUCGUCGUGCACAGCUGGAGCAAGACAUCCUGUGGUGGUAGAGUACUUUUCACCACCUACCUACCAGCGGCACGAAACCUUGAUGACGAUAGCGGUUCCAUCUUGCAAGAGAGUGAAGAAGAUGGUGACAGCAACGAAGACGACGAAAAAUUACACAAGUUUGAUCUUGUGGACAAUGAAUAUGGAAACGCAAUGAAUAGAAGGGAAAUAUUCGAGCAAUUGGAGAAAAAUUUACCAUUCUGGUUUGCCAAAUGUCUCUUCUGUGACAAUGUAACUGGCAAGAAGCAACCCAAGCUCAAUUUUAUCAUAGAACCCUGGCAAGAUCACGAUCCCCCAGCUACGGCACCAGCUCAACCUCAACAACAACACCACAGACUCAAAUUCGGAAGACUCAAAUCCACCGAAACAAUACCCCGUUCAACUGAGCUUCCUAAAAUUUCCGAAGCAAACGUAAAGCUUGUUGCUCCUGGAAUGAUCAAAGUUAAGAAGAUAAAGGUUUACAUCGUGGACAGAUUCGAGACCAAGUCUCCAGAAAUGAAGGCCAAGAUAGAUCCAAGCGAAUGGAUGGAGCUACUAUGCAAGGGUCAAGUUUUGGAUAAUGACAUGACUUUAAGCACCGUUCGAACUCUUUACUGGAAGUCCCAAGGCGAGAUUAUUUUUCAAUACAGAAGGAAAAUGGUAAGUUCAUCAUCCACUACAAGUGAUAACAGUAAUUCAACAUCAAAGGACCUCUAG